UGGUACUAUAAAGAUAGAAGGGACAUCCAUAGUCAAAGUUGGAGUUUGCUCGUUUCUAAGCCGAACAAAGACAGUACGGAGUGGUGUAUCGUAUUGGGCUGCGCUCUGUUAAUUUUUCCACCUCAUUCAAACGAUAAAAAAAGAAGAAAACAGAUAACACAUGGCUAUCACAGGUUCUGGUUCCGGGCAGCCACAAUUCAUUUCGAGCACUGGCAACCGAAGCUUUUCCAAUGCGCCACUCAUUGAGAACUCAGAUACUAAUCAAAUUGUUGUGCCUGAUAGGAGAAGCUGGAAAAAUUUAUUUGCCUACAUGGGGCCUGGAUUUCUUGUAUCCAUUGCAUACAUAGACCCAGGGAACUUUGAGACAGAUCUUCAGGCUGGGGCACAAUAUAAAUAUGAGUUACUUUGGAUCAUAUUGGUGGCAUCAUGUGCUGCUCUUGUAAUUCAAUCAAUGGCAGCAAAUCUUGGGGUGGUCACUGGAAAACACUUAGCAGAGCAUUGUAGAACUGAAUAUCCCCGGGUGCCCAACUUCAUCCUUUGGAUUAUUGCUGAAAUUGCUAUAGUGGCCUGUGACAUUCCUGAAGUAAUUGGGACAGCCUUUGCAUUGAACAUGCUCUUCAACAUACCCGUUUGGAUUGGUGUUCUUCUGACAGGACUCAGCACAUUGAUCCUCUUGGCAUUACAGCAAUAUGGGGUUAGGAAACUCGAAUUCUUGAUUGCAUUUCUUGUAUUUACAAUUGCUGCAUGUUUUAUGGCUGAGCUUGGAUAUGCAAAGCCUGAUGCUAAAGAAGUUACAAAGGGUCUUUUUGUGCCAGAACUAAAAGGAAAUGGUGCAACUGGUCUCGCAAUUUCCCUCCUUGGAGCUAUGGUUAUGCCGCACAAUCUCUUCCUGCACUCAGCACUGGUGCUGUCUAGGAAAAUUCCACGAUCAGUUCGGGGAAUCAAGGAGGCUUGUAGCUUUUACAUGAUAGAAAGUGCCUUCGCUCUCUCGGUGGCCUUCCUCAUAAAUGUUUGUGUUAUUUCUGUAAGUGGUGCUGUUUGCAAUUCUUCGAAUUUGAAUGCAGAAGAUCAGAUGAGCUGUCAGAAUUUGGAUCUGAACGAAGCCUCCUUCCUACUUAGAAAUGUCUUGGGGAAAUGGAGUUCAAAACUGUUUGGAAUUGCUUUGCUUGCAUCGGGUCAAAGUUCUACUAUAACAGGAACAUAUGCAGGGCAGUAUGUUAUGCAGGGAUUUCUUGAUUUACGACUGGAGCCAUGGAUUCGGAAUAUGUUAACUCGUUGCUUAGCCAUAGUUCCUAGUUUGAUUGUUGCAGUCAUUGGUGGAUCAGCCGGGGCUGGGAAGCUCAUAAUAAUUGCAUCCAUGAUCUUAUCAUUUGAACUUCCUUUUGCUUUGGUUCCACUCCUCAAGUUUGCAAGCUGCAAAACUAAGAUGGGGGCACAUGUCAACUCUACCAUGAUUUCAGCUGUCACAUGGGUAAUCGGUACCCUCAUUAUGGCCAUUAACAUAUACUACCUGAUAACUGGCUUCAUCAAGCUGCUUCUUCAUAGCCACAUAGAAAUUGUGGCUAAGGUGUUUCUUGGAAUGAUUGGAUUUUCAGGCAUGGCAAUAUAUUUGGCAGGUAUAGCCUAUCUAGUACUCCGCAAAAAUACAGAGGCUACACACCUUUUGGCUCUAACAGCAUCAGAAAAUCAACAAAUGACAAAUGAACAAGGCAAUGGACCAAUCUAUUCUCUUCCAAGAGAAGACAUAGUAAGCAUGCAAUUGCCUCAAAGAAGUACUCCUGCUGAUGUUGACUGAGAAAUAUGUCUCAGAAGAUUAGAAUAGCAAUAUAGACUUAGAUAAACAAACUAAUAAAUAUCAUUCUGUUAAUCUCUAGAAUCGGUAAUAAUAUUGGACUAGUAUCAUACUUACUUAAGGUUUCACUUGACUAGAAUUGCUAAGCCUUUUUCUUUUCAUGUCAUACCUAUUUCUUGAGGUUAGAAACUUGUGUGGAAGGAGGUGCUUCUGUU